CAGAGACCGUCUCUCCCGUCUUUGUGUCACCACUCACCAUCUCCUCCACCUCCACCUCCGCCCCCAGCAACCACACACACACACACACACCUCCAGCUCUCCUCUCCUCCCCGACUGCAGGCGCUCAUUGCAACGCCAGGCCACCUUCUGCGAUAGCCUCGCCCAGAACGGUUCGUACGGCGCCAAACACACUCGUCCAGAAGCCCAUCCGUAUCAAAUCAAUGCCCACCCUUGCCCGCCCGUCAGUCUAGAUUCCAGCCGCUACCCCACAGUCUAACCUUAUAUUGCGCCAUCGUCAUUCGGCGCUUUCGCCCAGCGCUCCUUUCUCCUCAGCUUAUUAGCCCGUGAGCCACCUCAACGGCCCUGCACAAGUCUCAUCCUCACCCUUGUCAUCGUCCUCGUCGUCGCCCUCAUCAUCCUCGUCAUGGUGUUUGGCGGUCUGUGUAAGUCGCCUCCGCUCCCCGUCGCGCGUGCCGUCCCAUGCUUGCUUGAUCUUCCCGCCUCUGCCUCACCAUCGCUCCGCCGACGAUCCUUCACGCGAAACAUCCACACCCACCCACACACACACACUCUUUCUCUCUUUGCCACGACGACGACGACGACGACGACGGACCGCGGGAGCCCAUCCAUCUCCAGCAUUGCUCAUCCUUGACUCGGGCUUGCAAGCCUUUUCCCUCCACCAACCCCAAACGCGCUUCCAUUUUGCACACCCCACUCCCUUAAAGUGACCCAGCUCAGCAGCGCCGGUUCGCUCGUGGGUGCGCCACAGCUUGCUUUGGCUUCACACACCCUGUCAGCAGCUUUAUUAUUUUGUCCUCGGUGCCUUAUUUGCCCUUCUCCUCUUCCCGUUUUCAUUCCGGUCUCGACCGCUUCACUUUUGGGCGACUCCCUCCUCCACGCGCCUGGUGCGACCUGACUCCUGCACUACCGCUCCCGCCCUUCCGCGAAGCCUGCACUUCCGCCCGCAGCGUGUAGCCUCGCAUUCCCCGAUCCGUAUGAGCUAACCGGCUCGUGCCUUGCUCAACAGACAACCUCAGCUAUCGACAACAGCGACGUCAGAUGAGUUUCAAACCGAAUCGCGGCGCCGACGAGCGCACGCCGCUCAUCAACGGCGAAUCGUCAACGGACAAUGGCCACGUCGUGCAGCAACCGCGCUCGGAUGUCUACGCCUUCUUCCUCGAUUAUCAUCACACUCCGGGCCGCGACAGCGAAAGCCUACCUAUCCGGAGCUUGGCUUAUACGUGGCACAUCGCCAAGGUGACCCUACUCAGCAACUAUGUCAACUUUCUCCUUGUAAUGGUACCAAUCGGCAUUGUUGCUGGCGUCAUGGGCUGGAACCCGACCGCCGUCUUCGUCCUCAAUUUCUUCGCCAUCAUCCCGCUUGCCGCUGUCUUAUCUUUUGCCACGGAAGAAAUUUCAUUGAAGCUUGGAGAAGCACUGGGAGGCCUACUGAAUGCCACUUUUGGCAACGCCGUUGAGUUGAUUGUCAGCAUUGUUGCCCUCAGGGACGGCCAGAUCGAAGUUGUUCAGUCCUCCAUGCUCGGUUCCAUUCUAUCCAACUUACUCCUUGUCAUGGGCAUGUGCUUCUUCUUCGGUGGUCUUCGACAUCGCGGCGCAAAUGGCCGCGGCACGGAGCAGGAAUUCUCUGCUGCCGUUGCGCAGACGACUUGCUCACUCAUGACGCUUUCUUCGGCCUCACUGGUCAUUCCUGCAGCUCUGUACGCUGUGAUGAACCAGAACGGCUCUGAGGAUAAGGGCAAAAGCAUUCUCGUCUUGUCUCGUGGCACUGCCAUCAUUCUCCUCCUUCUUUACGUACUGUACCUUAUUUUCCAGCUCCGGACGCACAGCAACCUUUUCGAUGCCGAGAGGCAGGCCGCUGCCGACGAAGAAGAGGAAGAGCCUCACAUGGGUGCCAUCGCCGCCGCCGGAGUCCUCGUCGUCGUCACUGUCCUCGUUGCCAUUUGCGCCGAAUACCUAGUUGGAAGCAUCGACGACAUUGUCCGGAGCGCAAACAUCAGUAAAGCAUUCAUCGGUCUCAUCUUAAUUCCCAUUGUGGGCAACGCUGCGGAGCAUGUGACGGCUGUGGUGGUUGCCCUGCGCAACAAGAUGGACUUGGCCAUGGGUGUUGCCAUUGGGUCUUCUAUUCAGAUCGCUCUGGGCGUCACCCCUUUCCUGGUCAUUGUCGGCUGGAUCAUCGACCGCCCCAUGAGCCUCCAUUUUGAGACUUUCGAGACUGUCGCAUUCGCCGUGUCUGUGCUGGUAGUCACCUAUACCGUACAGGAUGGAAAAUCAAACUACCUCGAAGGCGCCAUGCUUCUCGGUCUUUACAUCAUCAUCGCGGUGGCGUUCUACGCUACUCCGGCCGACGCCCUCGACCAAGUUCGCGGCCUCAUCAUGGGGUGAAAGUGCUGACUCGCUGAGGUGGUCUCCCGUUGCUUGGACACCCUGUUCGAUUCGGCACUCAUACUUUUUCCUUUACUUUGACAUAGUCGACUAAAUGACUCCGGUGACCGCCCCGCCUUGCAGCGCCACCGAUCGGUCGCUAGCGACUGGUGUCAAGCAGCGAUUUCCUUGUGUAUAUUACUACAGGUGGCACUAGUGUGGUUGGUGGUAGUAAGCUGCGGCAAGACAGCCUUGGCCAGCUGUUGACGCCCACGAAAAUGGUGGAGGUCCACGCGGACCUGGUGCCUUAAAACAGGAUGCUUUUUUCUUUUGUUUUGAUGCGAAGUACUGCAGGGAAGGGAUCGUGUUUAUACCUUCCAUUAGCGAGGUAGGAGUUACGGUGACUGGAAUCAAAGCACGUAGUGUUAUGGAUGCAUCAUAUGUCAGACACUACCACGUUCAAAUUCUGCGCAUGUAACCGGGGUCGGCACCAGGGGCUCGCUCUAACAGAAGACCGCGCUGCACAGUGCUGGCGUGAAAGUCGUGCUCUGGGCCGUAGUGGCCUGGAGCAUACCCUCACAAACGAAAUAUCUUGACUGUACACGCUGACACUCGAGGCCUUGGAACGCGGAUCCGCCGAUUCGUAUCACGUUGCCAUUGUUGAGUAUGCCCAAAAGUGGUCAUCUAGCUUGUCUACAUUGGCUUCCUCUGUCAAAU